CAGCCGUGCAACGUCCCUUGAUCAGGCACCGCCGUCAUUAAAAGAAAGGAAACCUCCAGUUGUUAUUCAAAGCUUGUCGAUCAGAUGCUCUGAAAAGGACCAGGCUUGAUGAAUUGAAAGGAAGCGACUGCAAACUGGGGACCUAUGAAUCCAAACAAGCGCCGAGACAGGGAGACAGGGCGAGCAUCCGGAGGCCAAGACAACUCCAAGAAGCUGGCAGUAAAAGAACUCAUAGAGCGUUACUACUACCAGUUGACGGAGGGCUGUGGUCGUGAGGGCUGCUCCAACGAGAACUGUGCUUCCAGCGGCCGGUUGCAUCGCCUGUCGCCAAAUGAGGCUGCCGCCCGAGCCCUCCAUCUAAUGAUGGCCAAGGCGGCACUCUGUGACAGAGCUGCCUCCAACCACACUGUAGAGCUUGCGACCGAAGCAUCUUCAUGUAGGUUAAGUGAUCAGUGUAGCAAUGCCACAUCAGCAUGCGGCGAAGGUGCGACAUCAGCGGAACCCGCUGGAGCAUCGCAGGAGAUGGAGUUGGACUCUGAGUGCACUGCAAACCGAUCUCCAAUUGUCUCCGAAACAAUAACACAAAGUGAAAAAAGUGCAAAUGGUGCAAGCAUCACCACAACAGUUCUUGCAGCCUCAAGCUUAAGGGAUGACCUACGCCCUCAGGACAUGGAAAUUGACCUGUACUGCACCUUCAAUGAUAGCAGCCCACUAACAGUCCUGCCGAAGAAGCUGAUGAGCGUAAAGAACACCCUUUCCCCACAGGAAAAGCCUGCCACCUCUGGAAUAACAGCACCGGCAGAGAUGGCUCCAAAGGCUCCGCGGACAUAUCGCAUGCUGACUGAGGAACUCCUCCUUGGCCUGGUGUCUGAAUGUCGCUCCUGCGGCAACUACACACCCCUCAUCCAUGCGCUGGGCCAGGUGUUCUCACGGGAGAAGUUCCUCAAGCGCAGCUUUCCACGGAGGCUGUCGCCUUCUUCAGAGGACGGAGGCCUGACCAAGGAAGACCUGCGAACUAUGGAGGGUGACAUGGACAAGGACCAGGACUCGCUUGAACUGGAAGGUGGAACGGUAGCUCACGAUAGCGAUGACAUGCUUGUGGAGGCCGGUCUGUCGGAAGCGGUGCCUGACGGUGUGUCUAGGAAUGUUGCAGCUAUGUUAAAGGAACUCAAUGGAUUGGUGAACCAGGAUAUUCCAGUGGAUGUAGAGUCUGUCAGGAGGUCCUAUGAUGUCUUGUUUUCUAUACCAGACCUCCCUUUUCUCGACGCAUUAGUGAAUGCCAUUAUGAUCCUCUGUGAAAACCUGGAAAUUGGCCUCAAGUACCACAAGGCAUACCAGAGGGACCCCAGUUUGCUGUCAGUGUUUGUGGUGUUGCUGGAGCUUCCGCUGCUCGAGGGACCCCUGUGCGGGAGUGCGCUGCAUGCACUGUGUCGAGCCUGUGCCCUGCUGCCGCCAGAGGCCCAGGCGCGGCUGGCCAAGCAAUGGGGAGCCCAGUGCCCUCCCCACAGGCUGCGCAACACCCUCAACGCACUGCAUCAGGUGCUGACGGCACGCGUCAUUGAGGGACACUUUGGCCGAGACUUUGGCGUGGCCGACGAUGAGCUGCUGGUGGCCUCCAUCAAGACUAUGAAAAUUCUGUUCAUGUCCAACGUGCUUGGAGGCGAGCUAGAGCAGUGUAGAGAUGAUGACGACGAAGUACUCGCCACAGACGAUGGUCGGCCCAAGGACCCAUCUCAGAUGCUCAAGGAUGACCCACUGUGUGACCUGCUGGGUGUCAAGGUGGCUGACUGCCGCAAGCCACUCAUACCAUGGGAAGAGUUUUACAAUGAACCCCUGAGCGAGCAGCUGGAAACAGACCGAGGGUUUGUGCACUCUCGAGGGGCCAACACCAAGGAGGGCCACUUCUCCUUCCUGGGCCACGCUUUUGUUCUGACUCCCGCAGUGAAGGCGCUGGGCCUGUAUUAUGACAACCGCAUCCGCAUGUACAGCGAACGACACCUGUCGGUUAUUCAAAUGUUGGUGGGUGGUGCACCAGCUAACCCUUACCUUCGGCUCAACGUGCGCCGCGAUCACCUCAUCGACGAUGCACUUCACAGGCUAGAGUUGGUCGCCAUGGAGAGCCCGUCAAGCCUGAAGAAGCAGCUGGUAGUGGAGUUUGAAGGGGAGCAGGGAAUUGACGAAGGUGGUGUGUCUAAGGAGUUUUUUCAGCUUGUUGUGGAGGAGAUCUUCAACCCUGACAUAGCGAUGUUCACUCUGAACGCUGAGACCCUAACGUACUGGUUCAACCCGACGUCUUUCGAGAGUGAUGCUCAAUUCAAGUUGAUUGGGAUCAUUUUGGGCCUGGCCAUCUACAACAACGUCAUCUUGGACGUGCACUUCCCCAUGGUCGUCUACCGGAAACUGCUGGGACGCAGGGGCACCUUCCAUGAUCUUCAGGACUGGAAUCCUAGCUUAGCAAAUGGCUUGCAACAGCUGCUGGACUACAAAGGGGAUGACAUGGAAGAAGUUUUUGUCCAGAGCUUUAGAAUAACCUACAAGGAUGUGUUUGGCACCGUGCUCUCCCACGACUUGAAGGAAAAUGGCGACACCGUUCUAGUCAACCAGGACAACAAAUGGGAAUUUGUUGACCUGUACACAGACUUUUUGCUCAACAAGAGCAUAGAAAAGCAGUUCCGUGCAUUCCGUCGCGGUUUCUUGCUCGUGACUGAUGACUCCCCCUUGGAGAUGCUUUUCCGGCCAGAGGAAGUGGAACUGCUUGUCUGUGGCAGCAAGAAUUUUGACUUUAAUGCGCUCGAAGAGUCGACCGAGUAUGACGGUUACACAGCCAACAGUCCUAUCAUAAGGCAUUUUUGGGAGCUGGUGCAUGAGUUCAGCCAGGAACAAAAGCGAAAGCUGCUUCAGUUUGCGACGGGCAGUGACCGGGUGCCCGUGGGAGGCCUCUCGAAGCUCAAGCUGGUGAUUGCGCGCCAUGGUACGGACUCGGAAAGGUUGCCAACAGCGCACACCUGCUUCAACGUGCUUCUCUUGCCUGAAUACUCUUCCAAGGAGAAGCUGGCUGACCGCCUGCUCAAAGCCAUUAACUACUCGAAGGGAUUUGGCAUGUUUUAAUGGCCGUCCCCAAGCCUGACUGCGUACUUCAUCUUGUACCAUUGAUGAAUUUUCUCUCCCUUCCUGCAUCCACAAGUGUGCUCAGCUGGAGCCUUUUUUUUUCCGUGCAUGUGGGACAUCGCUUUUCACGCCUUCUGUCCAACUGCAAUGUAGGCACAGAGGAACAGGGUGCCUGCCUAUUACAUGACGGUUAGACAUAAAGGCUACUUACACUCAGCUGUGCAAAAAGACAGUCACGCUUACCUGCGCUUGCCUCACUUCUGUGGCCAUAGCCUUUCUAUAGUGAGGAACCAUGGAGUGAAGAAUGUUGCUUUGUUCUACGAGAACCAGAACCAGAAGCGUGCUUGCUUUUAUUAGCUUUUAGUUGUUCAGAUGAUGUGUUGAAAUGGCUGCUGAGGGGAGUAAAGCAUUGGAAGUGUCAAAGACGAUUGAAUUUGCAUUCAGGUGGAUGUAAUGAUGCCUUCAGAAAUAAUAGGUAGCUCUGGGCUUAGAAGGAAAACCUUUUUACCACAGCCCAUAAAUUCGGUGUGGUUUGCUGCUUUUGUAUGACCAUACAGUUUCCACGUUUCUAAGAGGGCAAUAUGAAUGGCUUGCAUGUUCUUUUCUUUUUCAACGCAAGUUUCUCUACGUAUCUUAGUAUACAGGCUGCGAAUACGUAAAUUUCGUGACCUUGGAAGCUGGAAAUAUGUGCAUGUAGUCGCCAGUUUUGUCACCAUAUACACUUUCUAGAGCCACAUUGCCGGGUAACCAGAGGAGACAGAAGUUGAUGUCUGGUUGAGUUACGACACUGCAUUGCAACGUCUGAACAUGAGCAUAACUUUUUUUGUCUAGCAUAACAGUUGGCUGCUUCCAUUUCGUCCUGCAAUCUUUUGUGCGUUGUCCUGAAAGGUUAUUGUUGUCUAUGGAGCCACUCAGAAGAGCCAUGGUGUGUAUUAGAAGGUUCAUGGAUAGGAACAAAAGAGUCAUGUGUGCUGUAAUUUUGUCACUUGUAAAUUUGUUUUUUUGUACAUAUACAAUGCAGAAAGCCGUAGGAUCGCAGAGUGCGAAACCCUCCUUUCGGGAAGUAGCUAGCAAUGUUAACCUCUUUGAAGGCCUUUCCCAAGGAUGUGACAUCGAGUAGCGAGAUGCGGUUAGUUUUUAUUUUCACCUUGUGUGCAGUAAUAAGAAUGUUUUCUACAUACUGUGUACACAUAUAUACAUAACGCUUGAAGGAUUUCAUGAUUCUGAAUUUGAUUACAAUGUUCCCUGAUAUCCUUUAGGAGGGAGCUCUGAGGAAGCAAAUUUUUCAACAGAAUGGGUUGAGGGUGACUUCCGUUUACCAUCACUGUUUUUGUUUUUUCAGUUCAAGAACAGAGUACCCUAGUUGCAGGGAGAUAAUUGGUUAUUGCAAGCGAGGCACAUUGUCGACAGGUUGCCAAUAAACUUGACCAUCUGUCAGACAUUGUGCUUGUAUUGACAUCAUGUUAAGUGAAAUAAAGUCAGUUUCUUUUGUU